UGGAGCACUAACACCACCAAACGAGUGAUUUUACGAUUAAUAAAGGCUGCCAUCCCGCCGAAAUAACUCCCUUUUUGUUAUUCUUCAUUAUUACGUUUGAAUUCUCACCCGGAUUAUCAUAAUCAUUUAAUUGUUGGCGCGAUAAUUAGUUGGAGAUAACAAUGGGGAAUCUGGGGGAUCUGUUGCCAGUUUACUACUCUCGAUUGUUCCCUUUUAACGAUUACUAUCGGUGGCUGAGCUACGGAAAAGGGGAGAAUUUUCACAAUCGAGAGUUCUCUUUCACCCUGGGGGAAGACGUUUACAUUCGUUAUCAAGCUUUCACUAAUCUGAAGCAGUUUGAGAAUGAAAUCAAGAGGAUUUUGCCAUUCAAAAUUGAUAUUGGGGCUAUUUACAGCGUUUGCCCAAGACAGGAGAGAAGAGUUGUUAAUCUCGUUCCAGUACAACGUGAACUUGUCUUUGACAUCGAUAUGACUGAUUACGAUGAGGUCAGAACCUGUUGCUCAGGUGCAGACAUCUGUAAUAAAUGCUGGAAGUACAUGGAUAUUGCUUGCAAAAUCCUGGACACUGCACUCAAAGAGGACUUUGGUUUCAACCACAUCCUCUGGGUCUUCUCGGGAAGACGAGGAAUCCACGCGUGGGUGUGUGACCCCAUCGCUCGAACCCUGGACACAGCUGCACGAGGGGCAGUGGCUGAGUACCUCCAGCUCAUCUCUGGGGGUGAGUACACCAAGAAGAAGGUCAAUCUCCCUGGGGACAGGAUCCAUCCUUCUGUUAAACGUGCACUGGACAUCAUCACUCCCAGAUUCGUGUCGAUGUGUGUCGAGGAGCAGGACAUGCUGGGGAGUGUGGAGAGGGUGCAGAAGUUCUUGGGGAUUCUGCCUGACGAUUCUGUGAAGGCCGAUGUUAAGGAGCUUUUUGAUAAGUACGAGAAGGGAGUGGAUCGAUGGGAGGUCUUCGAGAAUUACGUUAAGGAACAAGUACAAUCGAAUAAAAAAUGGAGGCAACAUCGUCACCUCAUAGAGGAAAUAAUGAUCCAGUAUUGCUACCCAAGGCUCGACAUAAACGUCACCAAAGGUAUGAACCAUCUUCUGAAGUCUCCAUUCUGUGUUCACCCAAAGACUGGAAAGGUCUGCAUUCCCUUCAAUCCAAGGACAGUCGAGAGGUUCGAUCCCUUGACAGUUCCAACGAUAAAUGCUCUGAUUGAUGAGAUCAAUGCUUACGACGAGAAGGACAAGACCGUGGAAGGGGGACUUGAGAAUGCCAGGAAGAUCAAAGACUACAAGAAGACCAGUAUGAAUAAAUCUCUUCACCUGUUCCAAGAGUUUUUGAGGGCAAUGGAGGACGCCAGGAAGCUGGACAGAGAGGCACAGAUGAGUACCAUGGAGUUUUGAUUCUCUGUUGAGGCUGGAGAGACAUUUUUUAAUGACGAGGAGAAUAAAAAGGGUUUUGUUAAUUUUGCAAAUGGUGUUUCCUUGUAACAAAUAUACAGAUAAUACAUU